CAGUAAGACACUAGCAACCACGGCGGGCCGAGCUGCUGCUGAAACUGUUUGUGCGAGUGCUGUGACCGUACUUGUUAAAACGCGUCCUUGCAGCCCACCACCGCGCUACGGCAAGGCAACAGCAGCUAGUACUAUAUAGCCCUCCUCGCCACCUAGCACGCGCGCUGCCGCGGCGGAGCGGCGAGCGCGCAAAACAGACAGCCGCGGCGGAACGGCGGCGACGCGCAAAAAAAAAAAAAAGAUGGCCGCCUCCGUCGCCUCGGUCCUCGGCUUCGCCGAGGAGCCCGUGGCGGAAAGGAACCCCAUCGCCGCGGCGUUCGGCUUCCCGGGCGCCUACUGGUGGGAGGCCGACUAUAACUUACAACAGCCGCACCGCUACGCGUCGUUUGACGCCGGGUCUGUCUCAGGAACGCCGGAGCGACGGCCCGACGCGCGGCGUUAUAGCUCAACAGCACCUGCCUGGUUUUCUGGCACUACUCCUCCCAAAAAAACUUUCACCGUGAAGCCGAAAACGCCUCCACUCACACACCUCGACUUUAGACCAAGGCGCCCUCUAGGCAAAGGCAAGUUCGGCGAGGUGUACCUGACGACGCACCAACCGUCUGGAAGAUUAUACGCCUUGAAAGUCUUACACAAGCGCUUAUUGUACAACUCGAAGCUACGAGAACGGGCGAGGAACGAGAGACGCAUCAACGGCGCGCUGGGGCCGCAUCCCUUCAUCAUCCGGAUGCAAUACGCGUUCGCCACAGAACGAUGUCUUUGUUUAGUGUUGGAUCUGGCGCCGUGCGGCGAGCUCUUCCAGUUAGUAAAAGUGGCCCACCCCUGGAAGAACGGCAAGACCAAGCCGGGCAAGUUCCCGGAACAGGCGGCUCGCUUCUACGUCGCCGAAUGUUUAUUAGCGCUCGAGUUUUUACAUGAGCGACGUGUCUUAUACCGUGAUCUGAAGCCGGAGAACGUCCUCAUACAGCGCGACGGCCACGUCUGCAUUUCUGAUUUCGGUCUAUCAAAACCAGGAGUGAACCAUCCCCUGCGCGGCGCGCGGUCCAUGUGCGGCACGCCCGAGUACCUCGCGCCGGAGAUUCUGAGAGGGUCCCACGAGCACGGGUUGGCUGUCGACUUCUGGUGUUUGGGGGCUUUAUUCUACGAGUUACUCGAUGGCUAUCCGCCUUGGUUCACCAAAGAUAAGAAAAAGUUACUUGAAAGGGUCGCGCGGCGCGACUUGGAGCUGAAACUACCGCGAGGUCUGAAGCCGAAAUUAUCAAAAGAUGGGGAGCUGUGCUUAAGGGCAUUGUUGCAUCGGGACGCGACCGUCCGACUGGGAAGCGAUGGCGACGCCCAGGCCGUCAAGGACCACCCGUGCUUCGGCAUGGUCGAUUUUCAGGGUCUCGCGAUGAGGCACGUCGACCCGCCCUUCCUGCCGACGCGUUUCGUGGCCGAUUUGCGGAGUGACGAAGAAGUUUUAUGGAGUGACGUCAAGGUCGAUGCGGAUCGGAAAUUGCAGAGGAUGGAUAUUAGUGAUGACCGCUUCGACGAGAUCUUCGCGAAGUUCGAGUAUCGGGGGGAGCGCGACGUGCUCCUCGAGGAGGCCUAA